AUUUGUAAAACUCCAAGGCCUUCACGCCACGAUCAACCGGAUGGUUCCUGAAAUAACUGAGAAAACAAGUGCUUCAAGUGUCAGUUGAAGAGUGUGUCUAUGUAUAUUUGAAACCUUCUUUCUAUAUAUACGCUUUUACAUGAGAAGACAGGUUCAUUCUUGUGUACAUUUGAGAGCUUUACAACUGAUGAAAAUUAACUUAAGAAUCAGAUGGAGCAACUUGGCACUGCUGGGCUCAGGAGCCCAGGGAGAAAAGUAUAUCACUAACAGCCAAUUUUCCAUAUGGCCUUCAUGGGUAAAGAGAAUUUGCAAAAAGAAGAAAAAAAUUUGUAUAGAUUAAGCCUCAAAAAUACCUCUCCUUAAAGAAAGUGUGAUCACAGAAGUGUGAAUUCAAACAUUGCAGGUGGGAUCAUGCAGUGUUUUUGCACUUUAUUUUUUAUUGGGUUUGGUGAUUUGGACAAAGUUUAAAAUUCUGGACUGAAAACUAACUUUUACUGAGGUUGUGACUGGAGGAAAGCAAGUUCAGGUGUGAUGGGACAAGUCUGAACAUUAACUGACCAUCACAUGGCCUUUUUCAGUUAACUCUAUUUGAAGAUUUUAAUUUAUUAUUUUCCUUUUCUGCACCUAUAGGAUAAUAUCUUAAAAUAGCAAUUGGAACCAGUAAUUACAAAAGUAAACAUCAAGGAAGAUCCAAGCAAAGCUCCCUUUCAUUUGGACGAAAGGCGUGGAAACACUCAAUGUGAACAGGAAGAUAUCCAUCAGCACAGUGACUAUAGGGAAAUGGUGCAGUCCUGGGGAUUUUGACCAUAGCUUAGGGGUGUGGUUUGAGGGAUUUUCUGCUGUGUUGCAUCUAAGAAGACUUGUGUAUGAGAAGAUUACUUGAUGGACUUAAUGCUGAGAUUAGUUUUUUUUUAUUGAGGAUGAAAAAAAUACAUGAGCUUUAGGAACAGAAAAGAAAAGUAACUGGGAAGAGUCCAAGGAAAGGAACAAAAUCCAACAGUAUUAUUCUGUUAGCAAGCAGAAUUAGAACUACCCUAAGGCAAAUACUCGGUCUACUUUAAUAGCUUUAGUCUCUGCCUCUGCUGAAGGAUCUUGCUUUCUAGCCUCUAUGGCACUGAGGGUUCUGCUGGCUAGCAGAGGAGUUGUCCCAGGGAACCCUGCGUUCCCAGGGGGCACAGGACCCAGCAUUAAAAUAGGAAAUUUCCGGUUCUGAACAGCAAGGAAGAGUGUUUUUCUUCCUAAAAUUGAACUGCUGUCUGCACAAACUCUGGUCCGUUUUGCACAGUUUGUGUGCCUUUCUUUCCCUUUAUGCAAUCUUUUUCAGCUUUUGCAGCAGAAAUUUGUCUAGUUCAGAAAAUAUGCCAGAGGGUGGCUUCAGAAGGAAGAUGAUCCUGUAUGUUCUGUCUCUACAGCUGAACUUUUGAAUAGAAAAUUCUAGCUAGAGGGAUUCUUAAAGCCUUAAGUUACUUGAAAUCUAUGUAUUUGAAACUCUUUGUCUCUGGAAUUACAUUACACAAAACUGGAAUCUCAGGCUGAAUGAGAAUAAUUAAGUUGAGUAAAAAAGAAGAAAUAUUGAUCACCACUUAUUAAUGAUGCUCUUUCUCCAAAGGAUCAGCGCAUUCUUCCUCUAAGGACUUGAAAAUAAAAAUGGACCCAGUGUUUUUUUAGGCAUUACCUUUUCUUAGCAGACUGCCAUCAUCUUUUAUAGAGGAAUUUUUUCACUAUGCAUUUGGUGGAUCUUUAUAAAAUACUGACCUUCUAAUUAGCUCCAGGUCAGUCUUAAAUAAAAGGGGGGAAAAGACAAGCACGUCAAUCACAAAAAUAAAAUAAACUGAUGAAAGAAAUUGGUUUAAAAUUUUCAGCAUUAAGCAUUACUUUUUAAGUAAAACAAUUCAUUGAAAAAAGUAUGUAUGCAGCAGUGGAACAUGGACCUGUGCUUUGCAGCGACUCCAACAUUCUAUGCCUGUCUUGGAAGGGUCGUGUUCCCAAGAGUGAGAAGGAGAAACCCGUGUGUAGGAGGCGUUACUAUGAGGAAGGCUGGCUGGCUACAGGCAACGGGCGUGGCGUAGUGGGGGUGACUUUCACCUCCAGCCACUGUCGCAGGGACAGGAGUACUCCACAGAGGAUAAACUUCAACCUGCGGGGCCACAAUAGUGAGGUUGUGCUGGUGAGGUGGAAUGAGCCAUACCAGAAACUGGCCACAUGUGAUGCAGAUGGAGGAAUAUUUGUAUGGAUUCAGUAUGAAGGCAGGUGGUCUGUGGAGCUGGUCAACGAUCGAGGGGCUCAGGUGAGUGAUUUCACAUGGAGCCAUGAUGGAACUCAAGCACUUAUUUCAUAUCGCAAUGGGUUUGUCCUGGUUGGUUCUGUCAGUGGACAAAGACAUUGGUCAUCUGAGAUCAACUUGGAAAGUCAAAUCACAUGUGGCAUAUGGACUCCUGAUGACCAACAGGUGCUGUUUGGCACGGCUGACGGGCAGGUGAUUGUCAUGGACUGCCACGGCAGGAUGCUGGCCCAUGUCCUCCUGCACCAGUUCGACGGAAUCCUCAGCAUGUCCUGGAACUAUCCUAUCUUCCUGGUGGAAGACAGCAGCGAGAGUGACACAGACUCAGAUGACUAUUCCCCUCCCCAAGAUGGUCCUGCAGCGUAUCCCAUCCCAGUACAGAACAUCAAGCCUCUGCUCACUGUCAGCUUCACCUCAGGAGAUAUCAGCUUAAUGAACAACUAUGAUGACCUGUCUCCCACUGUCAUCCGCUCAGGGCUGAAAGAGGUGGUGGCACAGUGGUGCACACAGGGAGACUUACUGGCGGUUGCUGGAAUGGAGCGGCAGACCCAGCUCAGUGAGCUCCCCAAUGGACCCCUUCUGAAGAGUGCUAUGGUGAAGUUCUAUAAUGUUAGAGGGGAGCACAUCUUCACACUGGACACACUUGUGCAGCGCCCCAUCAUCUCCAUCUGCUGGGGCCACCGGGACUCACGGCUGCUGAUGGCCUCAGGACCGGCCCUAUACGUAGUUCGUGUGGAGCAUCGGGUGUCCAGCCUGCAGUUGCUGUGCCAGCAGGCCAUCGCCAGCACUCUGCGAGAAGACAGGGAUGUCAGCAAGCUGACCCUGCCCCCCCGCCUCUGUUCUUACCUCUCCACCGCUUUCAUCCCCACCAUUAAGCCCCCAAUUCCAGACCCCAACAACAUGCGAGAUUUUGUCAGCUACCCCUCAGCUGGCAAUGAGCGGCUGCAUUGCACCAUGAAGCGCACAGAGGAUGACCCAGAGGUGGGUGGCCCAUGCUACACACUCUACCUGGAGUACCUGGGCGGGCUUGUACCCAUCCUUAAGGGGAGGCGUGUCAGCAAGCUGCGGCCAGAGUUCGUCAUCAUGGACCCACGGACAGACAGCAAAGCAGAUGAGAUCUAUGGAAACAGCCUGAUUUCCACUGUAAUCGACAGCUGCAAUUGCUCCGACUCCAGUGACAUUGAACUGAGUGAUGACUGGGCUGCCAAGAAAUCUCCCAAAAUUUCCAGAGCAAGCAAAUCACCCAAACUCCCAAGGAUAGAAAGACACCCAGUAGGAAGUUUGCUAAACCCUCGGAACUUCUCUAGGGGUUAUCAACGAUGGAUUAGCAUUGAAGCCCGGAAGUCUCCCAAGCUGCCCCGGGCUUCCCAGGAGAUCUCCCGAUCCCCCCGGUUGCCCAUACGCAAGCCCUCCAUUGGCUCGCCCAGUCUGAUGCGGAGAGAAUUUCCUUUUGAAGACAUCACUCAGCACAACUAUCUUGCUCAGGUUACGUCCAAUAUCUGGGGAACCAAAUUUAAGAUUGUGGGCUUGGCUGCUUUCCUGCCAACCAACCUCGGUGCAGUGAUCUAUAAAACCAGCCUGCUGCAUCUCCAGCCACGGCAGAUGACCAUCUAUCUCCCAGAAGUUCGAAAGAUUUCCAUGGACUAUAUUAACUUACCUGUCUUCAACCCAAAUGUUUUCAGUGAAGAUGAAGAUGAUUUACCAGUAACAGGAGCAUCUGGUGUCCCUGAGAAUAAUCCACCUUGUACUGUGAACAUCCCUAUUGCACCGAUCCACAGCUCGGCUCAGGCUCUUUCCCCAACACAGAAUAUAGGGCUGGUGCAGUCCCUGCUGGCCAAUCAGAAUGUGCAGCUAGAUGUCCUGACCAAUCAGACGACAGCUGUGGGAGCAUCAGAACAUAUAGGUGACAGUGUGACUCAGUACCCAGUCCCCAACCGGUACUCAAACCCUGGACAGGUGAUUUUUGGAGGUAUGGAAAUGGGCCGCAUCAUUCAGAACCCUCCUCAGUUGCCCUUGCCACCGCCACCGCCGCCGCCACCACCACCACCGCCGCCGCCGCCACCACCACUACCAUUACCACCACCACCACCACAGGGGGUCAUGCAGCUGGCUAUGGUGGACCAUGGAGACCGAGACCAUGAGCACCUGCAGAAGUCAGCCAAGGCCCUGCGGCCAGUGCCUCAGCUAGCAGCUGAGGGGGACGCGGUAGUCUUCACUGCCCCCCAAGAGGUCCAGGUGACAAAAAUGAACCCCCCACCCCCCUACCCAGGAACCAUCCCUGCUGCCCCAACCACAGCUGCACCCCCACCCCCUCUGCCACCACCUCAGCCCCCAGUGGAUGUGUGCUUGAAGAAGGGCGACUUCUCCCUCUACCCCACAUCAGCACAUUACCAGCCCCCGCUAGGGUACGAGAGGAUCACCACCUUCGAUAGCAGCGGCAAUGUGGAGGAGGUGUGCCGGCCUCGUACUCGGAUGCUCUGCUCCCAGAACACCUAUACGCUUCCUGGCCCAGGUAGCUCAGCCACCUUGAGGCUUACAGCCACGGAGAAGAAGGUCUCCCAGCCCUGCACCAGUGCUACCUUGAACCGCCUGACUGUCCCUCGCUACUCCAUCCCCACAGGAGACCCACCUCCAUAUCCUGAGAUUGCUAGCCAGCUGGCCCAGGGGCGGGGCACUGUCCAGAGACUGGAUAGCAGCCUCAUCCAUGCCACCCUUCGGAGGAACAACCGUGAGGUUGCCCUCAAAAUGGCCCAGCUGUCUGACAGCUCCCGGGCCCCACUACAGCCCCUGGUCAAGCCCAAAGGUGGCUCUGGUGGCGCUGUGGCACAGCUUCCAGCACGACCUCCACCAACCCUCUACACUUGCAGCCAGUGUAGUGGUGCAGGGCCUAGCCCACAGUCGGGGGCCAUCCUGGCCCAUGCUGUCAGCACCUCCCCGCUGGCUUCCCAGUCCUCCUACAAUCUCCUGAGCCCACCUGACAGCACCCGUGACCGUACUGACUAUGUAAACUCAGCCUUCACAGAAGAUGAAGCUCUGUCCCAGCACUGUCAGCUUGAGAAGCCCUUGAGGCACCCCAUGCUGCCCGAAGCUGCUGUCACCAUGAAGCGACCUCCCCCUUACCAGUGGGAUCCUGUGUUGGGUGAGGACGUUUGGGUUCCCCAGGAAAGGACAGCACAGCCUGCAGUGCCCAACCCUUUGAAACUGCCCCCUCUGAUUCUAGGGCAGAGCCAGCACCUGGAUGUGGCCCGGGUACCUUUUGUCUCCCCCAAGUCUCCCACCAGCCCUACUGCCACUUAUCAGACAGGCUAUGGGAUGGGAGUACCAUAUCCAGGAAGCUAUAACAACCCCCCCUUGCCUGGAGUUCAGGCUCCCUGCUCCCCCAAAGAUGCCCUGUCCCCAACACAGUUUGCACAGCAGGAGUCUGCCGUUGUCCUUCAGCCAGCAUACCCACCCAGCCUCUCCUACUGCACCUUGCCCCCCAUGUACCCAGGAAGCAGCACAUGCUCCAGUUUACAGCUGCCACCUAUCGCCUUGCACCCAUGGAGUUCCUACAGCACCUGCCCACCCAUGCAGAACCCCCAGGGCACUCUCCCACCCAAGCCCCACUUGGUGGUGGAGAAGCCCCUUGUGUCCCCACCGCCAGCUGACCUCCAAAGCCACAUGGGCACUGAGGUGAUGGUAGAGACCACGGACAAUUUCCAAGAAGUCCUCUCCCUGACGGAAAGCCCAGUCCCCCAGCGGACAGAAAAAUUUGGAAAGAAGAACCGAAAGCGCCUGGAUAGCCGAGCAGAGGAAGGAAAUGUUCAGGCCAUCACUGAGGGCAAAGUAAAGAAGGAGGCUAGGACUUUGACUGACUUUAAUUCUCUCAUCUCCAGUCCUCGCCUAGGAAGAGAGAAAAAGAAAGUGAAGAGUCAGAAAGACCAACUAAAAUCAAAGAAGUUGAACAAAACAAACGAAUUCCAGGACAGCUCAGAGAGUGAGCCUGAGCUAUUUAUUAGUGGGGAUGAGCUAAUGAACCAGAACCAGGGCAGCAAGAAGGGGUGGAAGAGUAAGAGAAGCCUGCGGACAGCCAGUGAGCUGGAGGAGUUCAAGUGCCGCAAAGCCAGCGAGAAAGAGGAUGGGCGUCUGGGUAGCCAGGGAUUUGUGUAUGUGAUGGCUAACAAGCAGCCUCUGUGGAAUGAGGCCACGCAGGUGUACCAACUGGAUUUUGGAGGGCGGGUGACGCAGGAAUCAACCAAGAACUUCCAGAUCGAGUUGGAAGGGCGGCAGGUGAUGCAGUUUGGGCGGAUUGACGACAAUGCGUACAUUCUAGACUUCCAGUACCCCUUCUCAGCUGUGCAGGCCUUUGCAGUUGCCCUGGCCAAUGUGACUCAGCGCCUCAAAUGAAGAGACUGGCAUGGGAGGAGAUGCCAAGGAACCUUUGGAGAAGAAUCCAUGUGGCCAGAUGCCCAGGAAGACCAGAGACAGCAUUGCAACUGGAUGAGCCCAUGAGGCCAAGAAAAUGCGCACUGACCAUUAGGCGUGGUUGUUUAUUUGAUUAUCCUUAUGGUCUGUCUUUCUUUUCUUCUUUCAGUAGAAUGGCGUUUAGAAGCCAAGGGUGUCUAGUGCCUGUUGUUCUUUCAUGAAAUGUAUCUUGGCUGUCGAAUGUUCUGCUGAGUUUGCUUCUCAGCAACCAGGACAAGGGCCUUUGGAGAGGAGACAGACUGCCUUCUAGCCUGCUAUUCUUUUAGGAGGAGUAUGCAUUAAUGUACAUUCUCCACGACAUCUUGUCUUUAUUAUCACUAGUACAAAAGAAAAACAACCAAAGCCCAAAGAUUCAGGUUCUCUUGAGGAGGGCAGCGUUUAAUUCACAUACUUUUUGCUACCUCCAAAAGGUGAUUUGAUGAAUGAAGGGCCGUUGUGCAAAUGCAGUGUGUUCAACUAAUGAAAGUAGGCUCUGUAUAGGGGUGCUGUCAUCAGGAUAAAUGUGAUUUGGUCAUCAGUGGUGUCUGGGAAGGGCUGAUGAGUGAGGAGUUGUAUACAGGCACUGCAGACACCUGGGUGAUUCAAUGGUAUGACUUGUACAAGGGCCACACUCCUCUUUCAAAGAUGUUCAUGUUGGAAGACUCUACUACUUUCAUCAUAUGUCCGUGUUUCAUAGGAUCAAUGAUGAUUAUUCAGUAAGAUCAACUUUAGAAGGUAGGGCACAAUAAUAGAAAGAUCCCAGCCUAGGGUAAGUCUGGGGAUUUUCUCAGAUAGUGUGGUAGUCAGUCAGCUAGAUCCCCCGCUUACUGAGAAACAGCCACAAUUCUUUUUAUCUCAUUUAUUCUUUAAUCUGGAAUACAUUAUUGUAAAUGUGAUCUUUCCCAUUUGGUAUCAUUGUUCUAUCCUUUCUCAAAGUGGGGGUCUGACUUGUAUCAAAACCACUCCUUUCCUCCUGUUGGUUACAUUAAAAUUCAAAUGAUUAGAAAUGUUUUCCAUCAAGAAAUGUAACCCCCCAAAUUUUUAGCAUUUAUCAGGUAUUAAAAUAUAGCUGUAUGGUCAAAUCUUUGACAGAAGUACCAUACUCUAAGAAAAAAAGAGCUGUUUAUUAACUGUCUAGACUGUUUACUGAGGAAAUAAACCACUGGGAAAACAUUGUUAAAAUUAUUAAACUUAGGGCAAUUGGUUAAGUUUUGUCUUGAACUUUUAACUUCCUAUAUAUGGUUUAAAAAUUAGGAAAGAAAGUGACCCAUUCUUUUCUCAGAGCAAAAUGACACUACUUUCCAUUCUUUCCGAACAAGGGCCUUUGAAGAAAAUACAGACUGCAUUCUAUCUAGCCUGCUGUCACGGCUAUAAUGACAAGUUUUCUAAAUAUGGUGGAGGCUAUAUCCCAGCUAAUGCUGGAGUUUUCCAUUUUAUAAUGAAAAGUAUUGGACCCAGUUCUUCGGUGGAUGUGGCAGUUAGGGUGGAGUUGCAGCUUGAUUGGCUUUGGGAUCCCCAGAGAUUGGUGGAGCACAUUUCUAGGUGUGUCUGGGUGGGUCAUAAAGGCAUAGCCUUGGGGUCUAUGUGUAGUCCUUGCCCCUUUCUCUCUGGCACUUUUUCCUUGCUCUUUCUAAGAAUUAAACAGCUUUACUGUGCCAUACCCUUCUGCUAUGAGAUCUUUACCUUGGGAGCUGGCCCAUCAUGGACUGAAACUGUGAGCAGAUUAAACCUCUCCUCCUUUACAUUGUAAAUGUUGAGUUUUGUGUGUCCACAGUGAGAAAGUUGAUUUUUACAGUGAAUAAAUUCUUUCAGAAAUUAGCAGUAUAUUCAAAAUUAUCUGAUUCAUUCUUAUAUGACUUGAUACGGUGUCUCAGUGCUUAUUAGUUGUGCAAUAAGUUAUAGCCUGUUUUGGAAAUAAUUUAAAUGUGAUUUCCCUGUUUUGUUGUCCAAGAGAUGAUUAUUUAUCUUGCUUUUCAUAGUAUUCUUAGGAAUUAUUUUGUUACUAUGUAUUGGUGAGUUAAACCCAUUUUAUUAUUUAUUUAGAAAAAUAGUACCUCUGUUCUGCCUUAUUUGGUAGCAGUAUAUUUUGCUGCAAGAAAUAAAGAGGAUAUGAUAAGUUGUUUUUGCUUUAUAAUUUGUAACUUUCUAAUUGGGAAAAUCCUGUUAAUCCUUUAAAAGUAAUUCUUUUUAAUUUUGUGAAAUUGAUUGUAAGCAAAGGAGAAUAUUUCUUUGAGAUAGCAUACCCUAAAAUAAUAUUUCCCCUUACUUUGAAAAAUGUUUUUAAUAAAAAAUAAAGGGUAAUAGGAAAUGAGAAAGGGAGAGCUGUUAGGUAAGAGUAGUGAAGGAAGGAACUAUUAAGAAAUAAGCUUCAGUUUCUUAGUUCUGAAUAGUUUUUGAGCUAUAAAGACCACCAAAGAGUACAUUUUAGAACUUCUCUUUAUAAGAACAAAUACAGGGGAAAUCAGUCCCCAAAAGACUUUCCUCACAGGCACAUCUGUCCCUGCAGCAGCUGCCAGCACACUCCACCCGCCCAGACCGAGGAGGAAAGAGUCUUACCUGGCAGGCCAGGCAGAAGCUGUGGCUGCAGCAGUUGCGAUAUGGUGUCUUUUAAGUUAAGGUAGUAGUUGUGCUUGCUUUAAAAAUUCCUUUCAGUCAGUCUCAGUUGAUUAAAUACUACUAAAGUUAGGACUUUAGCAGAAUUUUAAGUACAUCAUGUUUAUUAAUACCAAUUUAUAAAUGUCAAGAUACCUCAUUGACUUCCUAAAUUUAAAAACACUAGUCCAGUAAAAAGUUGAUUAUGUAAAGACUUUUUGAGGGAAACGGUAUAUUAACAGACAUAGAAACGAAUUUUGAAUUUGUUUAGCUCUAACUUGAUCAAACCAAAGGUGUCACGGAUAUGUGCACAAAAACACCCAGUGAAUGUAUAUCCUGAGAAAAAUUGGGACCAAAGAAGCAAGAAACUCUGAAAGCUCUAAUGGCAGUGUAAAUCACAGACUUUUGCAGGUUGGUAUUUUUCAUCCAUAGCUGUUGCUUCCACAUCAGGUGCCCAACACAGACAUGUAGAAACAUGUAAUUCUCAUUCUGUCAUCAUCACAGAAGAUCAGGAGACCCCAGCAUUGAGCCUGCUCUGCCCUAAGGUUAGAGGGUAACAAACCCCUGGGGCUGUCAGACUUCUCUCUUCAUCAGUAAAUUAUAAGAGAUGUCUGGACAGUCUUCUCAGCUCCUUUCCAGCCCCAGUAGCCCAGGAAGUCAGAAUUGAACAAUUUUAUUCUUCCCACUUCACAAGCGGGUAAAGUAUGUUUUAAAACAUUGUCUUUUUAUAGAGAAUUUCUUUUCCUGAGUCUAUGAGCUGUCUACUGAAUAUAAACCAGUGCACUUAACAUAAUAUCUUUAGAAAUGCAUUUGGAUUCAUGCUUGUUCUUGGAAAAUUACGCAAAAACAUGGAUUCUAGGCAAGACAGAGGAGUCCUCUAUGAGUGUGCCCUACUCAGUGGCUAUCCUUGAGAACAGACAAAAUACGUGCCCACUUGCCUUCAAAACCUGAGAGUGGAUUCAGAAAGAAAAGAGGAGUAUAAACAUAGGUGAACGCGCAAUCUAUAGUGUGUUUUAAGUGGCACACUACCUUCAAAUUUAGAAGGUUGAAGGAACUUGUGAAAAAAAGAAUGCAUAGUGUCCCUGUGGACUGCAGAUUACUUGUCUGGUUGUAGACAAAGUUAGCUGAGACAAAACAUGUCAGACAUGUCGUUUGAGUUCCUGGGAGUUUGUAUGCACACACAACUCAGAACUCUGCGCCAUUUGUGUGUUUCCUUAUCUCUGGCUGUUAAACUCCGAAGGGUUGUGGCUUAUUUUGUUUCCAUUUUCUUUGGCUUUGUGCAAUUUUCUUGUAAUUUUACUUGUACCUGUACUUUCUGUUUACAAGUUUUUUUAAAGGAAGGGGUAGGAUUCUAAGAUCUCAUUUAUUGUAGAUAAAAUUUUUUUUGUGUGUUGUAGAAAAGCAUGGAUUAUGCGUGAAAAAGGCACUGUAUUAUUUACCAAAGGGGUAUUGUUUUUGCAUUUGUUUAUAAAUGCAUUAUUUUGGUACUGUAAAUUUGGACAUAAUUUUUUAGUUUAUUACUACUGGCACUUUUUCUUUUCUUCUUUUCUACCUCUCUCUAUCUCUUGGUCCCUUCUCUCUUUCUUUACCCUCCCAUAAGUGUGCAGUGCAGUUGCACAGGUCCCAGACCAUACAAGACCACCAGCAUGUUCUUGUCUAGACCUUGGGAGCAGCGUACACUUCUUUGUGUACUUCAGUUCCUCUAACGUUGGUUUUUUUUUUUUAAUUUAACAUUCUGCUUUGUUUCACUUUCCAAGUAAGAUCUGUUAAGAUUCCCACACUGCAUUUCAAUGAUCUCUCCCUUAUUUGCCUCUCUUCUAUGUAUUUUGUGUAUUCGAUUGUGCAGAAGGUAUUCUAGAAGGCAUUCAUGGUUUGCAUUCACAAUGAUGUGGUUUGUCUAAAAUAUUUUGUUUUUAUAAUUGAGAUGGUUUAAUCUUAUUUUUUCCUUGAUUUAAAAUUGUAAGAGUUGUCCAGCUAUUGCUUAAUAAAAUUUUGCAGAUCAAAAAAUCAAUUGCUCAUGUGCAGAA